CCCCCACUCUUCUUUCUACCUCUCCAUCUAUCUCUCUCUAGUAUAGACUCGCCGGAAUCUGGCCCCUUACUCGCCGGAACUUCCUCCCUCCGGUGAAUUAUCUCGUGAAUCCAGACUGACAUUCUUUGAAAGCCUUCUCUGUUGUUUUUCCGAGUUUCCUUCGAGCCAGGACACAGAUGCGAAUCAACUCUGGAUCGAGCCAUUGAGGAGAAAGCUUACAGGUUGAGGAAUUCAGGAGAACAGAUGGGAGGUUCACAUGCAUUGCUUGCUGCAGGUCAUUUGUAGCAUUACCCAAGAUUGAACUUCUUCAGCAGAACAAAGUUCGUGAUUCAAAGGACCACCAACUAAAGCUACAACUUAUCCCAGUCUCAUAACCGAUAUUGAUGAAAAUUAGAGGAGAAGGCUGUACAUUUGCUGAGACCAUGUCAUCACGUAUGGAGAGAAACAUUGGUAUGCAUGAUUCAUUGCGUCAAAUGAGUCCCUCCUCAAGCUCGCUGCCCGAAACUUUUGGACGGAAAUUGGGCUUAUCAACAAAUAAUAUGAUGAUUCAAGAGUCAAUUGAUGAGGGGGACAUGGGAACAACGGAGACCCUGCAAAAUCUCCUUCCGGACGAAGAUGAUCUCUUUUCUGGAAUGAUUGAUGAACUGCUAUAUAACACAAAUGGUAAUGAACAUGAGGACUUUGACGAUUUCGAUUUGUUUCACAGCAGCGGUGGGAUGGAACUUGAACUAGAUAAACCUUCUUUCGUUCGGAAGUCAAUUGGAAGAGUUCUAAAUGGUUUGGAGACUUGUACUGGCUCACUUGAGGAUGGGUCAAUUCACUAUUCACCUUCGGCUAGAUACAUGUCUGAGUUUGGAGUGAACAAAAGUCAGAACAAUGGAAGGAUUUCUAUCACUGAGAGCACCAUGAACUCUUCUCCUGUAAGAAUGCCAUCUUUUGGCACUUGCAUUGGUCUUCCUGUGGUAAACCACUCUCUGCAUCAAGCUAAACUUUGUAAUGGAAUUGGUUUGAUGAAUCCAAGGAAGACUUCUAGUAAUCUAACAGAUAUGGGAGGAAAAACCAAUGAUCCCAUAACUUCCAAUGGUAACCAGGGAAUCGAAUUUCAUAGAAGAGUACCUAGUCAGACAAGAAAUGGAAAUUGUGUUGCUAGUGAGCAAUAUGAGGCCAACAACAAUUUAAAUUGGAACAGCAAUUCUAGUGCACCGAUGUGGCCUAAUUCUCCAUUAUUCCUCAAUGACAUUAUGGCUUCCUAUCCACAACUGUCUGGACAUCCUCAAAUGCCAAUUGAUAACCUGAACAAAGUAUCACCUCCACAAUAUCCCCCCUAUGUUGGAUCGGCUUCUUCUGCUAGCUGGUCCUUGUUGGACAUGAAAAAUGCCCAGAAAGUGGGAUUUCCUGAACCCCUAGGUUUUUCUCCAGGUUCUUUUGGAAACGAAAGUCCUGUAAGUCACCCAUCAUUACAUCUGUUGGGAAGAGACUCUUAUGCCUGCUCUUACUCUGGUGGAAAAUCUACUUAUUUUUCUACUACCAGUAAUUCUUGGUGCAAUCCUCAUAUUCUUGCAAACAGAACUGGUUUGAACUCAGUGCCAAACUCGUUUGAUUCAGCUCCCAAAUGUGUGAAAAUCCUUUCACGCAGAAGAAGUCUUGGCGGCUUCCCACAGUCUGACAGCAAGCAGUUUGAGCUUGACAUUGAUCGCGUCUUGCAUGGGGCAGACAACCGAACUACGCUGAUGAUUAAGAACAUUCCAAAUAAGUACACUUCUAAAAUGUUGCUAGCUGCCAUUGAUGAACAGUGUCAAGGAACAUACGAUUUUAUAUAUUUGCCCAUCGAUUUCAAGAACAACUGCAAUGUUGGUUAUGCAUUCAUCAACAUGAUUGAUCCGCUUCACAUUAUUCCAUUCUACAAGGCAUUCAAUGGUCGAAAAUGGGACAAAUUCAAUAGUGAAAAGAUGGUGGUUCUUGCAUAUGCCCGAAUUCAGGGGAAAAAUGCUCUUAUUGCUCACUUUCAGAACUCAAACUUGAUGAACGAGGAUAAACGUUGUCGCCCCAUUCUCUUCUGUACUGAUGGUCCAAAUGCUGGUGAACAGGAGUCGUUUCCCUUGAGGACUAGCGGUAGAGGAAAAGCUGGUAAAGCGCAGAGCAAUUUCGCGGAGGAAAAUGAGAACGGGCAGCAGGCUAGUCUGGUGGGCAGCCUCGUGAGAGAUCAAACUCUUCUACUACUAUAAGAGAAGCUCUGGUUUUACAAGUAAAUUUGGAUUUCUCACUAACCACAACUUAGUGGAAAGCUGACCAAUCUUUCUCUAUUUACCAUAUUAUUUUGUUGCUGUUCUUCUUCUAUAUGGGAUGCCUACAAAUUUUGUCUACAUUUCUCUUUUGGUUCUAAUUUGUGAGCUCUCAUUUGGUACGGCUAAGUCGAGUUUUAUGUUUCUGUAGUAAAAGCUUGCACUUUGUAUGUCAUGUAGCAUUAAAAAAAAAAUCAAUAUAACCUGAUGUGUGCAUUUUGCUAGAAUUGUCAUUCUUGGAUAACCUUUGAUGUGUGCAUUUUGCAAUAUGUAAUAUUCAAACAAAAAUGAGCAAUUACAUGCAU